CGGACCGACGCUAAAGCUUGCAGCUGUCGGAUGAGCGCCUGUCACCCGGGACUGUAGUUGACCCUUCUUAUCUGCCCCGAGGAGAGAGGCUGUGGCCAUGGAGAUCGUCUACGUGUACGUGAAGAAGCGCAGCGAGUUUGGGAAGCAAUGCAACUUCAGCGACCGGCAGGCCGAGCUGAACAUCGACAUCACGCCCAACCCGGACCUCGCCCUGCACUUUAUCGAGCGGAACCCAGUGGACACGGGGAUCCAAUGCUCCCAGGAAAUGUCCGAGCACGAGGUCAACACAGAGAGAUUUGAGAUGGACGCCCGGGGCAUCAACCACUUCGAGGGGGGGUGGCCCAAGGACGUCAACCCGCAGGAAAUGGAGCAGACCAUUCGCUUCCGGAAAAAAGUGGAGAAGGACGAGAACUACGUCAACAGCAUCGUGCACCUUGGCAGUGUGAUGGAGCGCUGCAUCAAGCAGAACAACGCCAUCGACAUCUACCAGGAGUACUUCGAGGAGGACGACGCCGACGAAGUGACCCAAGAGGCUCCAUCAGCCAAAACAAUCAACGUUUUCAGGGAUCCCAAUGAAGUCAAACGGACAGCAACUCAUCUCUCCUGGCACCCAGAUGGAAGCAAAAAACUGGCAGUGGCCUAUUCCAGUUUGGAAUUCCAGCGGAGUGUGAGAAACAUGAGUUUCGACUCCUACAUCUGGGACUUGGAGAGCCCCAACAAGCCGGAAUACAUACUGAAGCCUCCGUCGCCGCUCGUGACGGUGGAAUACAACCCUAAGGAUUCCCACGUUCUGCUCGGGGGAUGCUACAACGGACAGAUUGCUUACUGGGACACGAGGAAAGGAUCGCAGCCCGUGGACAUGUCCACCAUCGAGUUUAGCCACCGUGACCCGGUAUACGGCGCCGUCUGGCUGCAAUCAAAAACGGGCACCGAAUGCUUCUCCGCCUCCACAGAUGGACAGAUCAUGUGGUGGGAUACCCGGAAGAUGAUCGAACCCACAGAAAUCCUGGUCAUGGAUAUCUCCAAAAAAGGAUCAUUAGAAAAUGCACUGGGAGUGGUAACUUUGGAAUUUGAAUCGACCAUGCCAACCAAGUUCAUGGUGGGAACGGAGCAGGGCAUCGUGGUCUCCUGUAACCGGAAAGCCAAGACCCCAGCGGAGAAGAUCGUGUGCUCGUUCAGCGGACAUCAUGGCCCCAUCUACGCCCUGGAGAGAAACCCCUUUUACCCCAAGAACUUCCUGACAGUGGGAGAUUGGACCGCCCGAAUCUGGUCUGAGGACAGCAGGGAGUCGUCCAUCAUGUGGACCAAGUACCACAUGGCUUACAUCACCGAUGGCGCCUGGAGCCCCACGCGACCAGCGGUUUUCUUCACAACCAAAAUGGAUGGAACUCUGGAUAUCUGGGACAUCCUGUUCAAGCAAAACGACCCCUUGCUCAGCCUGAAGGUGUGUGAAGAAGCCCUCUUCAGCCUCCGCCUGCAAGACAAUGGGCGCUUCCUCGCCUGUGGCUCCCACCUGGGGACAGCGACCUUGCUUGAGGUCUCCUCCGGCCUGUUCACCCUGCAGAGGAACGAGAAGAAUGCAGCCUCCGCGAUGUUCGAGCGGGAGACGAGGCGGGAGAAGAUCCUGGAGGCCCGGCACCGGGAGAUGCGCCUAAAAGAGCGUGAGAAGUCCGAGAGCAAAGAUGAGCCCGUGAAGGAGGAGGAGCCAGAGCAGAACACCGAGGAGCUGAUCGCCAAGGCGGAGGAGGAGUUCUUCGACAUCAUCAAAACGGAACUGAAGAGGAAGGAAGUGGCCAAGGCCAGGGAGAAAGAUAAGGAGGAAAAGGAAUUCUCUGAAGAUUCUGACUUUGACUUUGAAGACCUCUGAAAGGACCAGGGAGAAGGCAGACAAGGGGCUGAAAUCAAUCUCAUGACGUCAUCAUGGCCUCUUCUUUUGGAGCAAGGAGAUCCACAUCAGCAGCCUCAGUGACAUGAUGCCGCACUGUAUUUCUUCUCCGUUAAUUCUGUGGAUGGCCAUUAUGAAUAAACGUAUGAUUUGGCCGCUGCUUUUUCAACUCAACUCUGCCCCAGACACACAGAAGAUGAUGCAUCCUUUUAUGGAAAGAGC